GCCCGCCAAACGUGAAAGAAAAAAUGUCAUCGAAACAGAAAUCGUCGAUUGUUUCGGCGUUCAAGAUGCACGGACUCACUUUGAGGAGUGAGGCCAGCAAAUAUCUUGUGGAAGCCCUGAGUAGCAUCAGUGAAAGCGAUGUUGCAGAAUGCAUAGACAGAAUCAUAGAGUCCAUUCAGAAACAAUCUUUAAGUAGUAGCAUGUUAGACAGAGCCACAGUGGAGCAAGCUGUGGAGGAUUGUAAUCAGGAACAAGAAGAAGACAAUGAUAAAGUAUUGACAGUGAUAGAUGCGUUCACAGUUCCAAGAUACACAUACAUGACAGAGAGAAAAAAGUUUUUAUCAAAUAAGGCCUUGGGUAUUGCAGACCCGUGUAUCCAUGGUGAUUCAAAAGACAAAGUAGAUCUCUUUAGAGACAGAUACACAAUACUUCAUCAGAGAACAUCUCGACAUGAUUUAUUCACCCCAACUGUAAUUGGCUCACGGGACACAAAGGCUAAAAAGUUUGAACUUAAACCAAUCGAAUUCUUACUUGGAAGUACUGCUAAAUUAGGCGACAUUAUCGUCCUUGGAAUGCUUACUCAGUUAAAGGAGGGAAAAUGGUUUCUAGAGGAUCCCACUGGUGCUGUACAGUUAGACCUUACAAAAGCUAAUUUCCACACAGGCUUAUUUACGGAAAAUAGUUUUGUUCUGGCGGAAGGUUGGUACGAGGAUGAGCUGUUCCACAUCAACGCAUUUGGUUUUCCUCCCCCAGAACCAUCCAGAACCACCAGGAAUUUCUUUGGAAAUAUAAACUUUUUCGGAGGGCAGUCAGAAACCAGUGUGAAGGCAUCGUCAAGGUUACGGCAAAUCGAGCAAGAAAACGAGACAGCCAUGUUUGUUUUUCUUUCUGAUUUAUGGCUAGAUAAUCUAAAGGUAUUUGAGAAAUUAAGGACAUUAUUUACUGGAUUCUCAGAAUCUCCGCCUACUUGUUUUGUAUUCUCAGGAAACUUUUCAUCCACACCAUAUGGGUCUACACACAUUAAAGAAAUGAAAGACAAUUUCGACACUUUGGCAAACUUGAUUCUGGAGUUUCCAAGUCUAGUAGAACACAGUAAAUUCAUCUUUAUCCCUGGACCAAGGGACCCAGGUCCUGCAAACAUACUGCCAAGACCAUCUUUGCCAGAGGUCAUCACACAAGGUUUUCAAGAAAAAAUACCAAACAGUCGAUUCACAAGCAAUCCGUGCAGGAUCCAAUACUGUACACAAGAGAUUGUUGUAUUUAGAGAAGAUAUUGUUACAAAAAUGUGCAGAAAUUGCGUCAAGUUUCCUGAUCAGGGUGAUGUCCCUGAACAUUUUGCAAAGACAAUUAUCUGCCAGGGUCAUCUAUGCCCCCUGCCCCUACAUGUCUCCCCCAUAUACUGGGCCCAUGACGUAGCACUCAGGACAUACCCCCUACCAGAUGUCAUCGUUUGCGCAGAUAAAUAUGAUUCUUUCUCUGUGUCACAAGUUGACUGCCAAGUUGUAAACCCUGGGUCAUUUCCGAGGAAUGAUUACAGUUUCAAAGUUUAUUAUCCAGCAAACAGACAUUUUGAGGAAAGUAAAAUAUCAGACUGAAAAUAACAAAUCAGACGAGCAGAUUAAAUACCAUUGUAGUUAACUAAGACAGCAUUUGUAAUUUCAACUGCCGGCUGAUAGAUUAACAUUACUUUUUUAUGGUCUCCUCAUUUAAAUAUGAAAACCUACCUUACACUAUUUCAUUCAUAUUACAAUGAGUUGGCCAUGAAAAAGUAGGUUAAAACGUCAGCUUGUAGUUGAACUCGCAAAUGCUAUGCCUAUAUAACUGCAUUGAAGCUGAUAAACCUAUUACAGAAUUGGAAAGAUUAAAGUGGCAACAAGUUAAAUGGAAAAUGGAAUCUGAAAUUAACUGUGUUUUUCCAAUGUCUAUUGAUAUUUGUAAAUAGCUGUACAUUAUGUAAACAUUUAAUACAUGUAUGAAUAA